CACACACACACACAGACCACGUGUGCACACACACGCACGCACGCACACACGUGCACGCACGCACACACAAACGCACACUCAGAGCCCCAGGCCUUAGCCUGCCAUUCCUGUUCAUGAGAUUCUCUUCUGCACAUCUUGCCCACAGUAGUUCACACCUUUUCAUUGUCUUUCCUGUUGGCAAUAGUUAAAAGCUUCCUGGCUGUAUGUGGCAAACUUGGUUACAGGCAACUGGGGCAUGUUGAAGGCAAAAAAAAAAAAAAAAAAAAGUGUCAUGUGACUGAUUAGGCUUAACUUCCUGUUUUUAAUGAAGAAAGACUCAGAAACACUGACCAACACGUCAUUUCAGCAACUGCCUUAAUCUGGAGAUAGAGAGAGAGAGGUUUUCAUCUUACACACCAUGAAAGAACCAGCCGUUCCCCUAAUUUUGAACAUGCUCAUAAUAAAUGCUAUAAUUAGCAUUAAUAUUUCAGGUCUGCUGGCAGAUAAUCAACAAAAAGAGAAAGAAAAGGAAUGUUCCCCUGACCUCAGAGUUAAGCGAAACACAGUGUGGAUGACUUAUACAAAGCAAACUCUGCGAAUCAACUGUACAGUUAAACACUGUGGAAGCACACCGACAGUUGAAUGGUGUAAAAUUGAAAUGUCAUCGAGAUGUGCACCCAUGAAUGAAUCAGCCCAUAUUAAAAUCCAAUGGGAACAAAGUCAAGAAGACCCUGAUGCGGCCUUCUUGUUUCUGCAUUUCACAAAUAUAUCCAUGAAGGACUCGGGUCUCUAUCGGUGCACAACAAGGGGAAAUGUGUCCAGAAUAAGCCAUUCAAUUAAUGUUUCAGUCUUGGAAUGCCCAACAGAAAUCUCGGUGCCCGAGAAAAGAUCGUGGGUCGCCCAAGUCUCGUCGUCUCUGACGCUGAGCUGCACGGUUCGAUACGGCUACCAGCCCGUCCUGCAGUAACAUGGUGCAGGCAGCAGGGGGAGUCCUGCAUGCAGCUGGAAACGGGAGAGAAACGCAACGUCUCGUGGCACCAGUUGGCCCCGAACACAGGCGUCAGUUCACUCACCUUCCUCAGUGUCUCCCUGUGUGAUUCUGGAGAAUAUCGCUGCAAGGUGCAUCAGAGAAAGGCCUGUGGAGACACCAUUUUCAGCCCCUCUCUUCAGCUCUACGUGACAAAGAAAGAAAAGGAAUGUUCCCCUGACCUCAGAGUUAAGCGAAACACAGUGUGGAUGACUUAUACAAAGCAAACUCUGCGAAUCAACUGUACAGUUCAACACUGUGGAAGCACACUGACAGUUGAAUGGUGUAAAAUUGAAAUGUCAUCGAGAUGUGCACCCAUGAAUGAAUCAGCCCAUAUUAAAAUCCAAUGGGAACAAAGUCAAGAAGACCCUGAUGCGGCCUUCUUGUUUCUGCAUUUCACAAAUAUAUCCAUGAAGGACUCGGGUCUCUAUCGGUGCACAACAAGGGGAAAUGUGUCCAGAAUAAGCCAUUCAAUUAAUGUUUCAGUCUUGGAAUGCCCAACAGAAAUCUCGGUGCCCGAGAAAAGAUCGUGGGUCGCCCAAGUCUCGUCGUCUCUGACGCUGAGCUGCACGGUUCGAUACGGCUACCAGCCCCGUCCUGCAGUAACAUGGUGCAGGCAGCAGGGGGAGUCCUGCAUGCAGCUGGAAACGGGAGAGAAACGCAACGUCUCGUGGCACCAGUUGGCCCCGAACACAGGCGUCAGUUCACUCACCUUCCUCAGUGUCUCCCUGUGUGAUUCUGGAGAAUAUCGCUGCAAGGUGCAUCAGAGAAAGGCCUGUGGAGACACCAUUUUCAGCCCCUCUCUUCAGCUCUACGUGACAAGGCAAGAAAAGGAAUGUUUUCCUGGCCUCAGAGUUAAGCGAAACACAGUGCGGAAGACUUAUACUCAGGAAACUCUGCGAAUCAACUGUACAGUUCGACACUGUGGAAGCACACUGACAGUUGAAUGGUGUAAACUUGAAAUGUCAUCGAGAUGUGUACCCAUGAAUGAAUCACCCCAUAUUAAAAUCCAAUGGGAACAAAGUCAAGAAGACCGUAAUGCGGCUUUCUUGUUUCUGAAUUUCACACAUAUAUCCAUAAAGGACUCGGGUCUCUAUCGGUGCAAAAUGUGGGGAAAUGUGUCCACUGUAAGCCAUUCAAUUAAUGUUUCAGUCUUGGGUGAGUAGCCAGCUCCUAUUACUAAUAACAUGCAUUUGAAACAUCAUACAUGCAUUAGCCUACAUUUACCACCGAAUACUUAAAAUAAGCUUUGCCUCACAUGACGCUACUUUUCUUUUUUAAAAUCAGUGAAGUUGUUUG